AUGGAAGAUAUGUUGGCCCAUCCUGCUCAAGACUUGGAGACACCAAGAUCUAGUAUUGAGAUAGUUUCGAAGGUUCUCUCACAAACCAGUGUAGCUUCUACAUUCCUCAAGAAUGCUGGUAUUGAAACACCAGUAAGCAAGUCUGCUGCAUCAGCUGCAAGAGAGGCACAACUUCGGGAACAGCUACAGGAAGAGAAGGAACGGGCUGAUAAUCUUAAAGAACAACUGGUCCAUCUAAAGAAGAAAGCUGCAGAAACAGAAGAAUCCAUGGCUAGGACCCAAGAAGUUAUGCUCAAGAACCAGCAAGAGCUGGAGGAGUUCAAGAAGAAACAAGAAGCUAAUGAUAUGAUCCUUCAAUGCAUCUUGGGCCUCCACUUAGGUAAUCGAGCUACUUAG